CACUCGCACUCGCACUUGCGCCUCGCUCCCAGUCGAGUCUCGUCCCGCUUAAAUGCCCCGGACCUAAUCAUUCCCCCCCUCCCCCCCCCUCUCUCUCCUCCCCCACCCUCCUCCUGGCCGGCCACCAUGGCGAUCUCCGAGCUCGGAUGAGAUGAGAAUGCGGCGGAUUUGAGGAUGGGGUUCCGCCGGGCGGAUUUGUGAGAGGGGUGCUUGGUUUUUUGGUCCUGGUGUUGCGGGUGCGGGGGAGAUGAGCUCCUCGUCGGGGGCCAGCCUCGGCGGCCAGCCGCCGCCCGCCGCGCCGCCGGAGGAAGAGAAGAAGAACCUCAACUCGGAGCUGUGGCACGCCUGCGCCGGCCCGCUCGUCUGCCUCCCCACCCUCGGCACGCGCGUCGUCUACUUCCCGCAGGGCCACAGCGAGCAGGUGGCGGCGUCGACGAACAAGGAGGUGGAGGGGCACAUCCCCAACUACCCAAACCUGCCGCCGCAGCUCAUCUGCCAGCUGCACGAUGUCACAAUGCAUGCUGAUGUGGAGACCGAUGAAGUGUACGCGCAGAUGACGCUGCAGCCGCUGAACCCACAAGAGCAAAACGACGCCUACCUGCCGGCGGAGAUGGGGAUCAUGAGCAAGCAGCCGACCAACUACUUCUGCAAGACGCUGACGGCCAGCGACACCAGCACGCACGGCGGCUUCUCCGUGCCCCGCCGUGCCGCCGAGCGCGUCUUCCCCCCUCUGGAUUUCACGCAGCAGCCUCCUGCUCAGGAGCUAAUUGCGCGGGAUAUUCAUGACGUCGAGUGGAAGUUCAGACACAUCUUCCGAGGCCAGCCCAAACGACACUUGCUAACUACUGGCUGGAGUGUGUUCGUUAGCGCCAAAAGACUAGUUGCUGGAGACUCAGUGCUCUUCAUAUGGAACGAGAAAAACCAGCUUUGGCUAGGAAUCAGGCGUGCCAACCGGACACAGACUGUGAUGCCUUCCUCUGUUCUUUCGAGUGACAGCAUGCACAUAGGGCUCCUUGCAGCUGCGGCUCAUGCUGCUUCUACAAACAGCCGCUUCACAAUUUUCUACAAUCCGAGGGCAUGUCCAUCAGAAUUUGUCAUACCACUCUCAAAGUACAUCAAGGCUGUUUUUCACACCCGGAUAUCAGUCGGCAUGCGGUUCAGGAUGCUCUUUGAGACCGAGGAAUCUAGUGUUCGCAGGUAUAUGGGGACGAUAACAGAAGUGAGUGAUGCCGAUCCAGUGCGUUGGGCUAGUUCCUACUGGAGAUCAGUUAAGGUUGGUUGGGAUGAAUCAACUGCUGGGGAAAGGCCGCCUAGAGUUUCUUUAUGGGAGAUUGAACCAUUGACAACCUUUCCUAUGUAUCCGUCUUUGUUUCCGCUGAGGGUUAAACAUCCCUGGUAUUCUGGUGUAGCAGGCCUUCAAGAUGACAGCAAUGCUUUGAUGUGGCUGAGAGGAGUUGCUGGAGAUGGAGGUUAUCAGUCUAUGAACUUUCAGUCACCUGGUAUUGGCUCCUGGGGACAACAGAGGCUCCAUCCUUCUUUGAUGAGUACCGACCAUGAUCAGUACCAAGCAGUAGUUGCUGCUGCUGCCGCCGCCUCCCAGUCUGGUGGUUACAUGAAACAACAAUUCCUAAACCUUCAGCAGCCUAUGCAGUCACCUCAAGAACACUGUAACCUCAACCCGCUGUUGCAGCAACAGAUCUUGCAGCAAGCAAGCCAACAGCAAACUGUUAGUGCUGAUAGUCAGAAUAUUCAGACAAUGCUGAACUCAAGUGCUAUCCAGCACCAACUUCAACAGCUCCAGCAACUGCAGCAGGUGCACCAGGUGCAGCAGGCGCAGCAGGCCCACAUUGAUCAGAAGCAGAAGAUUCAAUCAGAUCAAACAUAUCAUGUUCCUACUAGUGCGUCUCUCCCAAGUCCAACGUCGCUACCAAGCCAUCUGCGUGAAAAAUUUGGCUUCUCUGAUCCUAAUGCUAAUUCGUCAAGCUUCACCACUUCUAGCAGCAGCGACAACAUGCUGGAAUCGAACUUCCUUCAGGGGAAUUCGAAAGCUGUGAACUUGUCUAGAUUCAAUCAGCCAGUAGCUAGCGAUCAGCAGCAGCAGCAACAACAGCAACAGCAACAGCAGGCUUGGAAGCAAAAGUUUAUGGGUUCACAAUCACUGUCUUUUGGGGGCUCGGGUUUGCUUAACUCACCCACAAGUAAAGACGGUUCUCUUGAGAGCAAAAUUGGUUCUGAUGUGCAACAUCAGUCCCUUUUUAGUCCUCAAGUUGAUUCUUCCUCCCUACUGUACAACAUGGUGCCUAACAUGACUUCAAAUGUUGCGGAUAAUAACAUGUCUACGAUUCCUUCUGGGUCAACAUAUCUGCAAAGUCCCAUGUAUGGUUGUUUGGACGACUCUUCUGGUAUUUUUCAGAAUACAGGAGAGAAUGACCCAACAAGCAGAACAUUCGUGAAGGUUUAUAAGUCAGGAUCAGUGGGGAGGUCCUUGGACAUCACCCGGUUCUCCAAUUAUGCUGAACUUCGUGAAGAACUGGGUCAGAUGUACGGCAUCAGGGGUCAGUUGGAUGACCCCGAUAGAUCAGGCUGGCAGCUUGUAUUCGUCGACAGGGAGAAUGAUGUGCUUCUCCUUGGAGACGACCCUUGGGAGUCAUUUGUGAAUAGUGUAUGGUACAUCAAGAUACUUUCACCAGAGGAUGUGCACAAGUUGGGCAAGCAAGGAAAUGAUCCACGUUACCUUUCCUAAGUGCAAGAUCAUUGUGCUGUUUCUGUGGACUUUCAUGGAGAAAAUUCAGAUUUUGUUGGCAUCUCUGUGCGUAGUACUCCCUCCGUCCGGAAAUACUUGUCCUACAAAUGGAUAAAAUGGAUGUAUCUAUAACUAAAAUAAGUCUAGAUACAACCAUUUCGAGGACAAGUAUUUCCGGACCGAGGGAGUACAUCUUUAGAAAAUUCAGACCCCCAAGUAAAAUUGAGUAGCUUGGCUGGCACAAUCUUGUCAUGCAUUUUGCUACUGUUUUUAGACGUCGGUUGCUUCUACAUUUUUUAUCCAGUCAGCACAGCAACUCAUUGCCUGCUAUCAGAACUUGCUGAAUUCUUGUCUUAUCAGGUACACCCUCCGAUCGUUGUGGUUUUAGUUCAAAACUAAAACCACGAUGCUUAUUUUGGAUCGACUGGAGUACUAUUUUGGAUGUUCAUCUCUGUCCACUAACAUCUUGACUUGGGCUAC